AUGUCGGAUACUUUGGCGGACAAAAUUCCAAAGGAGCAGAAAUAUGUCAUGCAGGAAAUGCUAACUCAAUUGAACGCAACAGAAAGUGAGACGUCCGAGAUGCGAUUACAAAUGCAGCACGCCCUUGAGGAACUUUGCAACGAAAACGAUCAACUGAAGGAAAAAGUCGACGCCAAUGAAAAAACAAAAUUUGUAAUGGAACAAAAAAUUCGAACACUCACAUCUCAAAAUUCGGAGCUUUUAAAGAAAAACGCGGAAGAUGUCAGUGAGCUGACAAAACUCAUUGCCGCCGCAAAAGAAAAGAAAAAAAUAAUCAAAAAGGCGAAUGAGGAAUUAACAACUUCAAAGAAAUUUGACAAAUUAAAAAUUGAGUCAUUGGAGGAAAGUUUAAAAAUAGAAAAACAAAAAAACGAGGCAACCACUCUCUUUUUGGGUGAUAUCUUACACAAACUCACUUUCAUUUGUUAUGGAAAUUCCGUAAAAUCCGGGCCAAGUGGAUUGCGCGGGAGUGAAAAUCUCCAAACGGCAAUACUUCAAACUCUCACGGAAACUGAAAAACUGAUUGAAGAAGAGGAGAAGGAAUGCGCAGUACUUGCCGCCUCAAUUAAAGAGUCACAAAAAUACAUCGAGUUUGUCAAAAUAGAAAAUAAACAACUUAACGAUAUCAUCAUCGCAAAGAUGGAAAAGGAAAACAACAAGUCGUCAGAUCACCAUCCAACAGAAGAAAAGGAAGAAGACGACGGGUUCAUGCCAAGUGUGUUUUAA